GAAAGGGUAUUAACUUUCCGGAUUCCUAUGCUUUUUGCUUGGAAUAUAAGAGGCUUAAAUAGCCCGAAUAAAAGAUUUUUGACUAGGAAGUGGAUUUUGGAGAAGCAACCACUAGUGGGAGCCCUUCUUGAAACCCACAUCCAAGAGGCAAAUUUUGAGAGAAUUUCUGCUGCGUUACCACUUGGGUGGAAACAUGUCUGUUUUUUUGGAGACCAUAAUACAGCUCGGAUUUGGAUUGUAUGGGAACCAACAACCUUAGUCACGAUCUACUGCCACACCAAACAGGCAGUCACUUGUGGAAUUGAAAACAGAGGGUCGGGUAUAACACUUACUGCUACCUUUGUUUACGCCUCCACACUUAUGAGUGAGCGUAGAAUCCUAUGGGAACACCUAACGCUCAUUGGUCGAUACCCUCUUGUUGCUCAGUCUCCCUGGAUUGUCCUUGGGGAUUUUAACCAAACUCUUGUGCCAACAGACAGAUCAGACUUUCCGGUAUGUUUAACUUCACAACAGGGAAUGCGAGAACUCACGGAAUGUGUACAGCUAGCUGAAAUCUCGGACGUGCCGUCUAGGGGACUAACCUUCACAUGGUGUAACAACCACACCACCGCCCCUCUCUCGAUUAAGCUUGAUCGAGCAAUGGCAAACGCCCCAUGGAGAGCUACGUAUCCGAAUGCAUAUGCUGAAUUUCUACCCCCGGGUCACUCGGAUCACACCCCUUGCCUAGUCCAUUUUCCGGACUCUCUUCCUCAGGUACGCCGUCCUUACAAAUUUUUCCAUCACCUCACUUUGCUUCCUGAGUUUUUGCAGGUAGUCAGAACCAAUUGGCUAGCAGAUGGAAUCGAGGGCACUGCCCAAUAUCAACUAUGUCGGUCCUUGAAACAAUUGAAAAUUCCGCUAAGAAGCCUCAAUAAAACCGCAUUCUCUCAGCUGUCUUUAAGAGUCCAGGAAGCCGAAACUCGAUUAGCAGACGCUCAAACCACUUUGCUAUCUUUCCCGACUCCGAGGAAUCUAGCUGAGGAAAAGGAACAACGGAGGCAGUUCAUGUUGUUGGCCCUAGCCGAAGAAAAGUUUUACAAGCAGCGGUCCAGAAUCAAAUGGCUACGGCUAGGAGAUAGAAACACGGCCUACUUCCACAAAGUCACAUCUACGCGGAAUUCACAAAACCAGAUUCAUUUCCUUGAGGAUCACCAGGGAAACAGGCUGACAUCCCAGACAGACAUCAAGGACUUUGCUGUCUCCUUCUACUCUCAGCUUCUUGGAAUCAGUGACUUGACUGUACAGAAACCGACGGUGUCUUGGCUGAGAAAUCUGAUCAGAUUUCAUGACGAUGAAAGAGUUAUAGGAGUGAUAGACAGUAUCCCCUCUGAAGAAGAAAUCCGUGGGGUAGUGUUUGGCUUACCCAACAACAAGGCGCCCGGACCUGACGGGUUUCCAAAAGAAUUCUACACAGAGACCUGGUCAAUAGUAGGUGGGGCAGUAACAAAAGCUGUCAGGGAAUUCUUCGUCACGAGCACUCUUCUCGGUCAGCUCAAUGCAACAUCCAUUACCCUUGUCCCGAAGAAAGAGGGAGCCAAGAAACUCUCAGAUUUUCGUCCGAUAAGUUGUUGCAAUACGAUCUACAAGGUCAUCGCAACUAUCCUUACCAAGCGAUUGCGUUCUGUGGCACAAAGGUUGGUCUCGGCGAAUCAAAACGCCUUCCUAAAGGGAAGACUAAUGGUGGAGAACGUUCUCCUUGCCUCAGAGAUCAUACGAGAGUACAAUCGGAAUUCGGCCCACAAAAGCGCCAUGAUAAAGAUUGAUAUCCGGAAAGCGUUCGACUCGUUAGAAUGGGGCACAAUAAUCCAACUCCUCAAAGCUAUGAGCUUACCUCCGAGGUUCACCCGUUGGAUCGAGGUAUGUAUCUCUACACCUAAAUUCUCUAUUUCGGUGAAUGGUGAUCUUGCAGGUUACUUCAAGGGACGCAAAGGUCUAAGGCAAGGAGACCCACUCUCACCUUAUUUGUUCAUCAUGGCCAUGGAGAUAUUAAGUCGGAUGUUGGAUCGUUCGAUUAUGGAAGGAAAAAUCCAGCCACACUAUAGAUGCAAAAGCCCGUUGAUCAGUCAUCUCUCUUUUGCGGAUGACAUCAUCAUCUUUUCCAAAGGGGAUGUUCAAUCGCUAAUGGAAGUGAAAAGGGUGCUCCAUGACUUCAGCAACUUAUCUGGGCUUCAGAUUAAUCCGGAAAAAUCUGAGUUGUUUCUUGCAGGAUGUUCGAUUGAUGAGCAGAUCGCCAUCUCCACUGCGGUGGGUAUUGGAAUGGGGCACCUCCCGGUUCGCUAUUUGGGGGUCCCAUUGAGCCCCACUAGGUUAUCCAAGACUGACUACCUACCACUUCUUCAAAAAGUCAAGUCUAAGCUCACCAAUUGGCAAACUAAAUUCCUCUCUUCAAUGGGAAAGAUCCAGCUGAUCACGACCGUCAUAUACGGUCUAGUGAACUCCUGGAGCAUGACGUUUUUGCUGCCAAAGUAUCUUCUCAAAGAGAUUGACAGUUUAUGUGCGGCUUUCCUAUGGCAACACUCAACCAACUCGACUCCGAGUCACCGUAUAGCUUGGGAUGCGAUAUGUAAACCGAGAACAGAGGGAGGACUUGGACUACGAAGAUUGGACGAAUUCAAUAAGGUGUUCCGACUAAAAUUGGUUUGGUUGUUGUUUAGUAAAGCAGGUUCACUAUGGGUAGCUUGGGUGAAAUCGAACAUCUUCAAGGACAAAUCCUACUGGGGACUCAAGGCACAUCAAAAUGUGAGCUGGAAUCUGCGUAAGCUGCUACAGAUGCGCAAUCAGGCCCGGGAAUUCAUUGGAGUCAAGCUCGGAAAUGGGAGAGAUACAUCAUUCUGGUAUGACUCUUGGCUAGAUAUUGGCCCUCUCAUUGUGUUUAUUGGUGAAACAGGACCAGGUCUACUGCGGUUGCCGAAGAGUGCCACUGUAGCCGAUGCUGUGCGCAACGGCAAUUGGUCUCUUCCGCCGGCGAGAAGCAAUAGAAUACAAGAGCUACAUCUGAAGCUGCUAGAGCUGAAUCCACCGACUAAUGAUGCUGGUCCGGACCUCCCAACCUGGCGACACAUGGGAGGCACUCGAAAGACCUUCUUUUCCUCUAGGCAAACAUGGGAACAACUAAGAUCUCCGGGAACUGCGUUUGAAGGCUGUGGCUUAGCAUGGUUCCGACAGGCUACUCCAAGGCAUGCGUUCUUAACGUGGCAGGUGCUCCAAGAACGUCUCCCGACUACCGACCGGCUCGAGACGUGGGGAAUCCAAGCUCCGAAUCGGUGCAUUCUAUGUUGCGCCGACUUGGAAUCACAUCCCCACCUGUUCUUUGGUUGCAGAUUUAGUCGCUCGAUUUGGUUGCACUUUGGACGGCUAAUGGAAGACCCCCCUCCGACACAUAUCCGAUACUUUCUGGAUUGGACCAACCAAUCUACGAACCGUGACGAAGCUACGAUUAAGAAGUUACUCACGCAGGUUAUCACAUACACCAUUUGGAUGGAAAGGAAUUCUCGCAUUCAUAGAGACCGACACCUUACUAUCCAUCAAGUAAGACUCAAGGUUGAUCGGACCAUGAGGAACAAACUAAUCUCUCUCCAUAAUCCGGGCGCGACAGAAAACAAAUUAUUACAACAGUGGUAUCGCAUUACUUCAUGUAGGAACAUGUAUUGGGAUCUUGUGUGGAGUGAAGAAGGAAGUGGAGGAACAACGGGGACAGAUGAAGUGAUCAGUGGGACAAGUUUCGAAGUAGUAGCAGAGAAUGAGGAACAAGUAGAGAUAUCCUUCUCCAGAAAAUGGGACACAUCUCUUCAAGGCAAAAUCGUACCAAUUAACAUUGACAAGAGGUAUAUAAUGCUAAGAGAUUCAUCUGGGUUCUAUUCAUAUGCAAUCUACGAGCAUCUUGCUGAAUGGCCAGCUUUUAACUUGCCUCAGACAAGGAUUGUCUUCAGGCUUAGAAAGGACAAGUUCCGGUAUAUGGCAGUUGCAGACAACAGACAGAGGAAAAUGCCAUUGCCCGAAGACAGAUUGCCGAGACGAGGAAGAGCAUUGGCUUACCCCGAAGCCGUUCUUCUUGUUCAUCCUGUCGAAGAAGAAUUCAAAGGAGAGGUCGAUGAUAAGUAUCAGUACUCGUGCGAGAACAAAGAUUUGCGAGUUCACGGUUGGAUAUCGCAGAAUCCGCCUCUCGGGUGUUGGCAGAUCAUUCCAAGUAACGAGUUCCGAUCAGGCGGGCUCUCGAAACAGAAUCUUACCUCUCACGUCGGCCCAAUCAGUCUCUCGAUGUUUUUGAGUGCCCAUUACGCCGGUGAGGAUAUGGUGAUGAAGAUCAAAGCAGGGGAGGCAUGGAAGAAAGUGUUCGGACCUGUUUUCACUUACCUCAAUUGCUUACCAGACGGCGUUACCGAUUCUAUUUCUUCGUUGUGGCGAGAUGCCAAAAACCAGAUGCUUAUCGAAGUCGAAAGCUGGCCCUACGAUUUUCCAGCUUCCGAAGACUUUCCUGCCUCGGAUCAACGAGGUAGCAUAAGCGGAAGAAUAUUAGUUUGUGACAAGUUCGUUAACGACGGAAAUUUACCCGCAAAUGGUGCUUUCAUCGGUUUAACGCCACCUGGAGAGCCCGGAUCGUGGCAACUUGAAUCCAAAGGUUACCAGUUUUGGACAGAAGCUGAUGAAGAUGGAUACUUCAUGAUCAAUAAUAUCCGAGAAGGCGAAUACAAUCUAAACGCUUACGUGCCGGGAUUCAUCGGUGAUUUCCAAUACGAACAAGAGAUUAGCAUCACUGCAGGUUGUGAUAUCGAUGUUGGCAAUAUCGUGCAUCGACCUCCACGAGACGGGCCGACGCUUUGGGAAAUCGGCGUACCGGAUCGCUCUGCAGCCGAGUUCUACGUCCCGGAUCCAAACCCUAAUUACAUCAACAAAUUGUACAUUGAUCAUCCUGAUGAGUUCAGACAGUACGGUUUGUGGGAAAGGUAUGAGGAAACGUACCCUCAAGAGGAUUUGGUUUACACCGUUGGCCUUAGUGAUUAUAAAAAAGAUUGGUUUUUCGCACACGUUACAAGAAAAAGAGGGGAGGAUGCGUACGAAAGAACGACAUGGAAGAUCAAGUUUGUGAUGGAUAGUGUCGACAAGAACAACUCUUACAAACUCAGAAUAGCCUUAGCCACUGCCAAUGUUGCAGAAUUGCAGGUGAGGCUAAAUGACAUGAAUCAAGACCCGCCAAUGUACACAACGGGUGUAAUAGGACAUGACAACGCAAUUGCAAGACAUGGGAUACAUGGGAUUUACAGGCUCUACAGUGUAGACGUACCGAGUGAUUUGCUCAUUGAGGGAGACACUAACACUCUCUUUCUCACUCAGCCCAUUAACAUUGGACCUUUCAAUGGCCUCAUGUACGAUUAUCUCAGAUUUGAAGGACCCUCUAUCGACCCCGCAUUUUAAUUUAUAAACAAAUAUUUCUCUUUUUUCUAAUAAAUAUUUCAU